GGCUUUUUGUUUGACUAGACCUGAUUCAAUUUAAAUGAAAACCUAAGUACUAACAAAGAAAAAUUUCACCAAAACAACCUGUGAAGUCUUUACAUUUAGCUUGAAUUCAUUUUUAAUCUUUUAACAACAACAGUAAUACUUUCCUAGAGAGGGUGCACUUGAUUUUAAUUUUACUUUCAAUAUGACGGCUGUCAAUGUUUCCCUGGUUCGUGAUACGAAGUGGCUGACUUUAGAAGUCUGUAGAGAAUUUCAGAGAGGAACCUGCUCUCGAGCUGACGCAGACUGUAAGUUUGCCCAUCCGCCAAGAGUUUGCCAUGUGGAAAAUGGUCGAGUAGUGGCUUGUUUUGAUUCUUUAAAGGGUCGGUGUGCUAGAGAGAACUGCAAGUACCUCCACCCUCCUCCACACUUAAAAACACAGCUGGAAAUUAAUGGACGGAACAAUCUGAUUCAACAAAAGACUGCCGCAGCCAUGUUUGCCCAGCAGAUGCAGUUUAUGCUCCAAAAUGGUCAAAUGUCAUCACUUGGAGGAAGAAUUCUCACUGCUGGAUGCAAUACUUCCUUUCCUAUGACUCCAUCGCUUGCAGCUAAUCCUACCAUGGCUUUCAAUCCUUACUUGCCUCAUCCUGGGAUGGGCCUGGUUCCUGCCGAAAUUUUACCAAAUGCACCUGUUCUGUUUUCUGGAAACCCACCUCUCACAUUGCCAGGAGCUGCUGGUCCAAAAGUGAUGCGUUCAGAUAAACUGGAGGUUUGCCGAGAAUUUCAGCGUGGAAAUUGUACCCGUGGUGAGAACGAUUGCCGCUAUGCUCAUCCUAUUGAUGCCUCUAUGAUUGAAGCAAGUGAUAACACUGUGACCAUCUGCAUGGAUUACAUCAAAGGUCGAUGCUCCAGGGAGAAAUGCAAGUACUUUCAUCCUCCCCCACACUUGCAAGCCAAACUCAAGGCAGCUCAUCACCAGAUGAACCAUUCUGCUGCCAACACAAUGGCCCUACAGCCUGGUGCAUUUCAACUGAUGCCAAAGAGAUCAGCACUUGAAAAGACCAAUGGUGCCACCCCGGUCUUUAAUCCCAGUGUUUUCCACUGCCAACAGGCUCUGGCUAACCUGCAGCUUCCACAGCCAGCAUAUAUUCCUGCAGGGCAAAUACUGUGCAUGGCACCUGCUUCAAAUAUUGUGCCCAUGAUGCACGGUGCUACACCUACCACUGUGUCUGCAGCAACUACACCUGCCACCAGCGUUCCCUUUGCUGCAACAGCUACAGGCAAUCAGAUACCCCCAUUAUCAAUAGAUGAACUGAAUAGCAGCAUGUUUGUUUCACAGAUGUAGAAGUCACCAGUAGAACAUUGAAAUUCUGAACAAAGAGUUAUGGCAUAUCAGAAUCUCUCCAUCAGAACCUCCAUAUGGCCUUUCUAUAUAUAGUCUUGUAUGUCCUCUUCUACCAACACAACAAUAAACAUGGUGCAGUCAAUAUAGUAAACAAAACAAAACUACGAACCAAAAAAUUUAAAUAAAAUACAAAACAUUAAACAAUCAAUGGAGAUGUUAAAACAAAAUGAAUAGAAAACUAUCUACUAUCUACUUAUUUGAAUUAUUAGGUAGAGAACACUGCCAUAAAAUUUUAUAAUUUGUCACACUAUUCUUUGUGAUUUUCUAAUAACUAUAAUGCUGCGUGAAUCUCUAUGAUGAAUUUUUGGCUUACUGUGCUUCUUAGUGGGUAAAUGUUUAAUGGUUUUGAAGUGUUACCUUACUGUUUUAUUUACACAGUGGCCUAUUGGGUUGAUUUUAAAAGGUAAAAAUUAUAUCCAAAGACAAUUUCCCCAUUAUUGUAUUGUACUGUAUUGUGGUAUAUUGCUUGUGUUAGGCUUUUACAUACUGCGGGGUUUUGCUGUAAUAUGUGUGGUUUUUGGUUUCAGCUAAAAUGUUACUAAUGGUAAACAAAAAUAUGUGUGUUUAUAAAAUAUGACAGGUUAAUGUUAAUAUGCUCUCUCUGUCUAGAAUAUUUCUGUAGGAUUCUCGGGGCAGUCAUUUAAAAGAUCUCACUUUUGAGUGUUCACAAAACCUGUUCAUAGACAUGCAUGUAAAUAAUUUAUGUCUGCAAAUCUGACCGUGCAUAAUAUGAUUAUAUUAGUAGAUUCAUUAGUAGAUUAUUUCUGAGAGACAUAAUUACCUGCCAAAAAUAGGGAACUUCUUACAACAUUAAUCCCUAAUUUCACUUCUUAAACAUCUUGGAAAACUAGAAUUUAUCUUUAAAUACAUUUCUCAGCAUUUAUACUAAGAAAUAUGUAAAGUGCCCAUUACAUUUUUGUGGUUCAAGGAUCCUAUCUCCUAGGUUGAGUGCCUAAAACAGCCUUUUAUCAUCCUUGGCUGGAAAAUUGGUACUUGGAGGCCUAAAGGUAUGCGUAUUACAGGUUAUAAAUUAAACAGGGAGAUGGGGACAUGGAGAUACUUUUUAUAUAUUGGAGGAAAGCCUGUAAAAACCAUUGCAAUGUAACCUUUUACACAAGAGCCAUUUCUGAAUGAAAAUGUCUCAUGCUAUUUAGACUAUUCUGAAUAAUAAGUAAGAUGUAAUCUAGCAAAAUCAGUCAGGGUGAAAGAGAAUUGGUUCCAAGUGAGGCCUUUCCUCCGCAAAUGGACAAACUUUUCUUUGACCACAAUUGGAGCCUGAGAAUAGGUUUGGAGAAAUGGCAGAGGAUGGGGAGGAGGAUAGGAAGACAUUUAAAAUUAGUCUUUGAUUUAUUUAACAGUUCUAGGAAGGAUGUCCACAGUUGGCUUUAGCUCCGGUUCGGCUGAGUUUUCAGUUUUGUUAAACACUUCAGUAAAGGAGCAAGAGCUGGUGAUAUAUGUCAAGUGUGGCCCACCCCAAACUUUAUUAACAACAGAGCCUCUCUCAUCAUAACCAGUGUUGAUUUGGAUUUGUAUUUUAUAUGUAUUUGGAAAUUAUAAUAGAGAUUUUUAAGACCCUUUAGAUGAGCCAGAUUGGCUGUACUUCACAGAGCUGAGCUAAAUUCACAUUACUAAUUCUUAUGAAAUAAUUUUAACCAAGUAAAAUAGUAAUUAAUUCUUAUUUUAUAUAGCAUACCUCCUCCUCUUUACUCAGUCAUUAAAGUUACUAUUAUUAUAUAGUGGUGGAACCAUAUGAUAGUUUGCAUCAAUUUAGAUUUAAUAUUUUCUACUAAAUAGAUAUUCUCUAACUGGUAAGUGUGAAAUCAUCAAGUUUGAUGUUUAUAACAGAUUUGUUUUCUACUUCAUGAAAAUGACAAAAUCUGAUGGAUAUCUUAAGCAGGCUAGUAUGCUUGAAUUCACAGAACAAUGGAGUUGGUAAAACCUUUUCACAGUUGAUGAAACUGAGGCUCAGGGCAUGAGACUUGCCUGGGGUUACCUAACUUUUUUGCAGACAGUCAGACUCAGAAAAAUCUCCUAACUCCCAGUUGUUCCUCUGGUACACAUUGUUUGUGCUUCAGAACAUUUGGAACUCUAUCCCAAAGCAGAUCAAUUUGGCUCAGAAUACAAAAGAUCAAAAUUAGCUCUUUAAUAGUUGAUGAUAUCCUCUUUAUUUUAAUUACCAAUCCAAGUCAUGAUCAUCAGUGAUUUCUAAAUGGGUUUGCUCUUAUGGAACCAUUACCAUCUGCUAACAGUAUUGCCUGGACUUAAAGAGCAAGAGGUGUCCUAACUUCUACCUAUUGUCUUUGAACCACUUAAUGUAUCUUUCCUCAAAUAUUAACAUUGUCAGAGAAGAAGAGAGAGUACACUUUUGUGAAAUUACCUGUGUUUGGAACUGAAUUUCGUAUAUUCUGUGUCAGUGCCUCUGCAGAAGGGCAAAUCUGAUCACAGAACUCCAGGAACACUGUACCUGAGCUAGUCUGGAUGUAUUCCUAAAGGAGAUAGAGAUGUUUUUGGGGCAUAAUGAACGUUUUAUGUAAUUUGACAUUUUGAUGCAACAUACUGUCUCAUUUCACUUUUUAAACUUCUGAUGAAGAUGUACUUAGACAGUAAACCUAGAGUGCAGUUAUUUUCAUGUUACUUUAAGCACUGGAAGACAUUUUUUUUAGUAAAAGGUUUGGUGAGGAAUAUUCAGGGUAGUUGAAUUUUUGGUGCCAUAAGUUUUGAUGUUGUUAGCAUUUAAAAAUUGCUUUAUAAAGGAGUUUAAAGAAAGAAAAGUCAAAGCACUAAAGUUUUAAUGCAAAUGCAAAAGAAUUUUGACAUAAAUGCAAUCUUAAGAUAGCAUUCUUGAAACUAGUUGUGCAAUGGCUUGUUCAACUUAUCUUUAUUCAAGAAAAGAUUAGUCAUUAGACUAUAUAUUUUCAGGUAAAAAGAGAAGUCACAAAACUAAUCAGUGACUCUAAACAAUAAUUUACUGAAUGAACUGUAUAUAUAAAAUUCUAAUCAUCUGUGAUUCUUAGUUAACAUUUUAUAAGCUUUGUAAUUUGCAAGGGCCUCUAUUUUUACUUAUCCAAAAUUGUUUCCAUUUAUUUCUCUUACCCUUUUGCAAAAAUAUACAAGAGUGCUGAAACUUAGACAAAAUAAGUCAUGUACACAGAGAAAAUAAUCCAAAAUUUAUCUUUUAGGAGGGCUUCAGUAGUGUCAAUUUUUUAAAAGCACUGUGACCAUAAGUGUAGAGAUUAAGAUUAAAUGGAUUCAUAAAAUUUCUAUUUAAAUACAGUAUUUGCUUUUGUAAAUGGAGCAUGAUUCUGCAACCAGCUAUUGCAUUUCAUUUCACUUGCCUAGAUUAGUCUGUAAUUUGCAGUUGAUUGUGAUAGGAAAAGCCAUCUUCUCCCAAUUCCAUAAAUCUCCUCCAUUUGUUUUUGAACAUGUUUUAAAGUACUUCUAUCUUGCCAAAGUUGUUGUCCUACACCACUAGGCUGUGUUCACUAAUUGACAGCCUUAAGAGCUCUCCAAUUUGGAGAAAAGCAAGUAUCUCCUCACUACCCCCAGCAGGAACUGAAUAAGACAAACCUUUACAACUUGACUCUAUUUUUAAUGGCAUGACCAAUAAGCACAGUAGUGUUUAAAUAAAGACAACAUUGGCAGUAAAUUUUGUUAAAUAACAUGUAAAGAAGACCUGUGUGCUACCUGGAAUGUUAUUCGAUUCUUUCCCUGUUCCUUUGGAGAAAGUAGAUGAGGAUGCUCUUAGGUAAAAUGCAGCUGCAAGAUUUCUGAGUUAUUUUAAUCUGUAAGGUAGGCUGUUAUGCACAGACAGGUUAGAAACUGGAAUCCUCUUUUAUUUUUUUUAUCUCUUUUACAUUUCUCACACAUUGAAAUAGAAGUAGGGAAAUAUGAUUUCCCAAUUCUGUUGAAUAGACUUAGAAAAAUAAUGCCCUAAUUUUUUAUGUUACCAGUGCCUGUUAAAGGCAGUAGAAUAAAUAGUAUGUAAAAGGAUAUAACUUUUUUGCAAAUUUAGUUGAUAACCUAAUCAAACUGUAAACAUAAUGACAAAUUAAAGUUCUUAGGACCAACUUGCUAAUUGGUGCCAGGUCUUUAUUCUUCUUGUUAUUUUUUAAAAUUUUGAUUUUAUUAGUUUUUAUAUAUCUCUAAGUAACUAAUGAAUUUACUUUUGAAGGAGAGUUAGAGAAAGUUUAAGAUUUUACUACAUGUAUAUAUAUUCAACCCGGUUUGAUAGGUUCUAAACUGACACUGAAGCAUGAUAAGAUAUAGAUUGUAAUACAUAACUAUUCUUUACAGUUCACAGUUUAAGAACAAACUUAACUUUAUAUACAAAUAAUAAUUUUAACUAAUUAUAUUUAGUCGUUGCUUUAGCAACAAAACUACAACAUGGCUACCUUAAGACACCUUUUUGGUGAAAGUUUUACUUGUACACUAUACAUGGUUUUAACAGUAUGAGCACGUAGAAGAUACAUCUCAAAUCUCAGAAAAUAUAUAUGGUUGAUUUAUUUUUUAUCCCAGAUUUCCACGUGGAAGCUUAAUGUGUUUCCUUGUGUGACUUUUUCAUCAAAAAGUUUACAAGACAUGGUUUCUAGAAUCAGGCUUUAUAGCUUAUAGAAUUUCUUGUGUGGAUAGGGUUAUUCCACAGUAUUUAGACUUCAAAACACAAUUGUGGUAUUUAUAAUACAUUACCUGAUCUUUUUUCAUAGCUUCAUUUAUUCAAAAUUAUUUAAGUGGCAUAGUUGUAGCUGCAAACAUUCUCAUUUAUGGAAUUACAUACUUACACAAAUAUAUCCAAAUAAGGAUUAAGGAAUGGUGAAAACAUAUUAUGAAAUUAAUGCAUUUGUGAAACCAUGUAUGAAAAUACUGUGGAAUGACCCCUUAACAGUGUUUAAGAGACAUAUGCUGCAGUUAACUGAUUGUCUCAGUUAGGGUGCGAAUGUGUGAGACACACCUUUUUUGCACUUAUGUACAUAGUCCAUGAAAGCAAUUCUUGGAGCUUUUUAAAAAUACAAUAAGUCUGUGAGAAUAGUGGAAAAGUAAGUAAGAGAGAGUUAUUUCUAAGGUUUUGAGAUGGAGGGGUUUAUUUGCUAUAAGACUUAACUAAACAUGAUAUUGCUUUGCUGUUUUGGAGGCUUUCUAGUUUGCUACAGCUGACCAAAAGAGUGGACUGGUAAAAGGUAACAGCUCAUCUUCAGCUAGCAGCACUGAACAAGAAUAAAACUACUUUAUCUUUUAGCAAGACCACUAGCAAAGAUUGUUUGCUUUUUAAAUUAAUCCUCUUUGUAAUAUCUCUCUCUCACACACACACGCACGCACACACCAGGCAGGUUUCUUUCUAGCUGAGGUUUUUUCCAAUGGUUGCAAGUAACGACAUCUUGUAAAUUCCAAAAUGGAUAUGCCCAUUAUUAUCAAAUUUGAUUGCAUCUUUCACAGAAAAUUAUCAAUUGAUAUAUAUCAGUUACAUAAAUUAAAAUCUACUUAAGUGGCAGUCGAAUUGUCAAUGUUUACCAUUAUUUCCCCUUCAAGAUCCAAAACCUGAAACCAAAUUGGCAACCAUUGAAAGAUUUAAUUUAAUAGUUUAGUAUGACUGUCAUGGGACAUUUCUUUCCCUUCAACAAAGGAAAAAAGGCUCCUGCCACAACUUUAUAAAUGACUCUAUUUACCUGAUACUUGUUCACUGGAAGCUGUUUUCUGACUUAACCUUUAGCAGGUUACAAAGUACUUCAUGGUGCCACUUCCACCUUUAACUGUUUUUAAAUAAGCAGAAGAGAAUCAGCCGAAAUCUUACAUAUAUAGGAGCUGGAAAAGGAUAUUUCAAUGAGAACAACUCUGCCAAUUUCAGCUCCUACAUUACCAACAGAUCACCCUUUAAUUUUUGUUGCCUCCAAUUAGGUCUACAAAAGGUCGGGGUUAGAAAGGUUUAAGGAUAGAUCACCACAGGUACUUUGAGUCCUUCACAUCUUGGGACUUGUCCUUGCCCUGGAGAAAGAGCCCAUCUUGGGGUCGAGGGAGUUAUUAGUAUUGCUACCUAUUUUGAUAUUUUUCACUUACAGACACAGGAAACUAAACCAAAGCUAGAAAGCAAUCCAAGCCUUACACUUAGUUCUCCAAUAGCUCAGGGCCAAUUGGUUAGAACUUUUUUCCCCUUCAGCCCAUAUCACUUAGAGUCAACCAUACAUCAAACCAUCAUCUGACCAUCUGACCAGCAUUUUCAUUGAUAUAAAAUGUAAGCAUUCACUUAUCCUGUACUUAAGAACUCCAACUUUAAUCUUAUCAACAAUAUACUCUCCAACAUGGCCUUGUGAAUGUAUAGCUACAAGAAUACAUUUUCAUAAGGUCAAUAAAAACAUGGUAAAAUUUUAAGUCAGGAAAAAAAUCAUCUUUAAAAUAGUAAGAAUGAACCUAGAUAUCCAAAUUAUUUAUGGCAUGUUGUGCCUGCUGAUGGCCACUGGAUCACACUCUUUGGAGCUUAAACACAGUGGUUGUGUUUAAAUAAGUAAAAUUGGAAAAUGAAGUAUAACAGAAUGUGAAUAACUUGAGGCCAAAAGAGAACCUCUGUUAUUAAGACCAGGAAAAGGUUUAGUUGACCAAUUAAAACAGUUUCCAGCUUCUCCACUUGUCCUUACCUGGAAGAGAACCACCAUUUAAUAAUCUAAAACAAGAUUCUUCCAGAGGAAUGUUAUCUUCAGAUAGAACCUAUCCUUAAUUAUAGUGCUAUACCUAAAAGAAAAAAAUGUAUCGCUAUGAAGUAAGUCACCACUAUUUGCAGAUACUGCAAAAAUUCUCACUAGUCAUCUUCUACAUCAUAUUAGUUUAAUAAAAUACCUCCGUAACAAGACCUAAAAGUAACACCAUUUUAAGCAGUGCUCCUUUUCUCUGCCAAAACACACAACCUAAAUAUUUAUCUGUCAUAGAACUGCAUGGUUUCAAAGCUUUAUUUCUGUAUACAAAUGCUAUUUGUUAAUGGAAACCAAAUUAUUUUGUUGCUGUCUUUUGUGUCUGGCAGUUGAGAGAAUGAUGUAACUCAUAUCAUUGGAUUCUGGGGUUACCCUUUUUCAGAAUAAAUUUUGUUUAAUGGUUUUUGUUGCUUUAAUUAUUAGAAAAUGAACCAUUUGUUAUCAUGUCCACUAAUUACAAUAAUUUAAAUUAAGAUAUUUUUAAAAGAUGUUCUUAAAUGUAGUCUUUUUUAAGGGCUAACUCUCCACAUUUAUAUAAUAACAAUCCAGGAUAAUGUAGAAGAUAGAAAUACUUUAGGAAGAAAAUUUUAAUUUGAAAAUACCUAUAGAUAAGGAAAUUAUUAGCCUUGUGCAACAAUUAUAGAUUUUGACCACAAUAUUUCAGAAUAUAAACUUCCCAUAAUAUUUUGCCUCCAAAAUGCAAUAGUUCAUUCCUUCAACUGCUAUCAAUAGGGCACAUGCCUUGAUUUUUAUGUUUUUUCAAGUUAUUGUGCUGUACUGCUUGUUCAUGUUUAAAAGUGUGCAUUAUGUAAUUCAUUUUAGUAUGCUAUUACUAUGUCUAUUUUUGAUCUUUUAAUAAAAUGUUAAAUUUCA